GAGAGACCUGCGGUGGUUUGAGUGGUGGCCAGAACGCCGCACUGAGCGGGGUCCAUCAGCCUUCCCGCCGGCGGCGGCACCGGGCUCGGCAGCAGUGGAAGGCGGGGCGCGGCAUGUCGCGGGUUCCGCGGGACCGGCAGUGAACGCGCGUGCGGGAUGGGCCGGCGCCGGGGUGUGGAGCUCUACCGGGCCCCGUUCCCGUUGUACGCGCUCCGGGUGGACCCCAAGACCGGGCUGCUCAUCGCUGCGGGCGGAGGAGGCGCCGCCAAGACCGGCAUAAAGAAUGGCGUGCACUUUCUGCAGCUAGAGCAAAUCAAUGGGUGCCUGAGCGCCUCCUUGCUGCACUCUCAUGACACGGAGACACGGGCCACUAUGAACCUGGCACUGGCCGGUGACAUCCUUGCUGCUGGACAGGAUGCCCGAUGUCAGCUUCUGCGAUUCCAGGUCCAUCAACAGAAGAGCAAUAAAGCCGAGAAGUCAAGUUCCAAGGAGCAGGGACCUCGACAGAGGAAGGGGGCCGCUCCAGCGGAGAAGAAGCCAGCAGCAGAAGCUCACCGAGAGGGGGUUGAACUCAAAGUAAAGAAUUUGGAGGCAGUCCAGACAGACUUCAGCACUGAGCCGCUGCAGAAAGUUGUACGCUUCAACCACGACAAUACCCUGCUCGCCACGGGAGGGACUGAUGGCCACGUCCGUGUCUGGAAGGUACCUAGCCUGGAGAAAGUUCUGGAUUUCAAAGCGCAUGAAGGGGAGAUUGGAGAUUUGGCGUUGGGUCCUGAUGGCAAGCUGGUCACUGUGGGCUGGGACCUGAAGGCCUCCGUGUGGCAGAAAGGCCAGUUAGUGACGCAGCUGCAUUGGCAAGAGAAUGGACCCACCUCUUCUUCCAGCACACCGUACCGCUACCAGGCCUGCAGAUUUGGGCAGGUUCCAGAUCAGCCUGGCGGGCUGCGGCUCUUCACGGUGCAGAUCCCCCACAAGCGCCUGCGCCAGCCCCCACCCUGCUACCUCACAGCCUGGGACAGCUCCUCGUACUUGCCGCUUCGGACCCGGUCCUGUGGCCAUGAAGUCAUCUCCUGCCUCAGUGUCAGUGAAUCGGGUACCUUCCUAGGCCUAGGCACGGUCACCGGCUCUGUCGCCAUCUACAUAGCUUUCUCUCUCCAGCGCCUCUAUUACGUGAAGGAGGCCCAUGGCAUUGUGGUGACCGAUGUGGCCUUUCUGCCUGAGAAGGGCUGUGGUCCAGAGCUUCUUGGGCCCCAUGAAACUGCUCUUUUCUCUGUGGCCGUGGAUAGUCGUUGUCAGCUGCACCUGCUGCCCUCACGGCGGAGCGUUCCUGUAUGGCUCCUGCUCCUGAUGUGUGUCGGCCUUAUUAUUGUGACCAUCCUGCUGCUCCAGAGUGCCUUUCCAGGUUUCCUUUAGCCUCGAUGAGCGGUGGGAAUCAGGCUUGGACACUGCUGCCUCCCAGAGCAGAAUCACCGAGGUCCGCAGCUGAGGCCACCUCGGACGAGACUGAUGGGGACCUGCCUGUCCCUCAGCUAAAGCUUGCCCGUGGCCCCGCAUCACUCUGCACUCGUCACCUGUGGAUCCAUUUAGGACAGUGCGGUCCGAAGCCCAGGGCACACUACCUGCCUCGUUCCCUCGUUCCCUCCCAGGGCUCCAGAGUCGAGCUCUUCCUUCUCUAGAAAUAUGUGAAGAUGCCCAGGAGCCUGGAGGCGUUGCGAUCCUUCUUACAGAAACCGUCUCUCCUCCUCCCCUUAAAGCCAUUACACGAGGUCCUGGGCUUUGGCUGAGACAGUCUGGGCUGGCACUCGCUGUUAGGGCGGGAAGAGGCGAAGGAAGACUCAGGUAGCAGUGGUCUGUGGGCUCCGGUGGGUAGCACCAAGCCAGCCAGGCCACACCCACAGUAAGCUCCUGGAUGCUCUCCUCCAGCCCGAGGAGAAGGGAAAGUGACCCUCAGCUCAUUAGGCGGGAAGAGUUGAUAUUUAAUAAACAAACAAAGAUUGAACCGAGA